UCAUCAUCAUGAUCUUGCAUUACUUUCCCCUCCUCUCUCUCUUUCAUCUAGCAGAUCCAAAACAGAGAGAGAGAGAGAGAGAGAACGACGAUGAGGCUUUAUUCCUCUGUCUCCUUCAUAUUCUUCGGCUUAAUCUCUUUUCAACUUCUACCUCUCUCCAUUCAGCAAGCUACGGAAUCAUGCAAUUCAACUCUACCUCUCAACGACCUCACCUUCGACACAACCCUCCUUCAAUGCGUCGAAGCUUGGACUCCCCGUAAUUACAUCCUCCGAUAUGCUAGAACGGCGCAGAACACAUGGAGCUUCAUCUUAUCGGCUCCAGACGCCAGCUCCUUCAUCGGGAUCGGGUUCUCCACCAACGGUCAGAUGAUCGGAGCCAGCGCGGUCGUCGGGUGGCUACCAACCGACGGCAGCGGAGGGCAGGCGAAACAGUACUUGCUCGGAGGGAAAUCUCCAGGCCAGGUGACGCCCGACCGAGGCGAUCUGAGUAUCGUCAACGGGUCGUUGAAGGUCGAGUCGGUGUCUUCGCGUAUUUACAUGAGUUUUCAGCUCACGGCUGACGUGCCGCGGCCGAGUCUUCUCUACGCCUUGGGACCUGCCGGGUUCUUUCCAACUUCGCCGGGUUUUGGUUUGAGGGAGCACCGCGACAUGACCACCACGACUGUCGAUUAUAAUACAGGUUCGCAGACUGUGGUUAAGGGUUCACCGUAUUCUAAGCUAAGAAAGACACAUGGGCUGCUGAACAUGUUCGGCUGGGGGAUAUUAAUCAUCAUCGGCGCUUUAGUGGCUCGACACAUGAAGCAAUGGAAGCCGACUUGGUUCUACGCCCAUAUCGCUCUCCAAACCACUGGUUUUAUUCUCGGUUUAACUGGUAUCAUUUGCGGUUUGGUUCUUGAAAACCGUACCAAGGCCAACAAUGUCUCCAAGCACAAAGGCCUUGGGAUAACAAUACUUGUCAUGGGCAUUCUCCAGGUCCUAGCGUUGUUGGCUCGACCGGACAAAGAUUCCAAAUACAGAAAAUAUUGGAAUUGGUAUCAUCAUAACGUAGGAAGAGUUAUGAUAAUACUUGCUAUUUCCAACAUCUUCUAUGGUAUUCACUUAGGUAAAGCUGGUUCUUCAUGGAACGUCGGCUAUGGUUUUGCGGUUGCAGUUUUGGCUUUGGCUGCUAUUGGAUUAGAAGUCAAAAAGUUUAUGAACAAGUGAAUUCUUAUUCGAAGUCUUUUUAAUAAUUCUCUCGCCACAAUAUUUAUCUCGGAUAGAACAUUGGGAUGUAUUGAACAUCUAUUUGACUAAUCGUUUGAAUGAGAUCUUUUCUCGUCA